GCAUCUCAAGUUGCGGCAAUUUGACAGAUCGUUUCUAAAGCCAUUUUUUUCUCUUCAAAAGUGUAGGUUUUUAGCAUAUUACGGAUCAUUUCGGGUUUAUUUUCAUUCGUGGUCAAUAUUUUAACACUCCAAACGGAAAAGCAAAUUGGACCGGCGCUUUUUAAGCUAACAAUCUACGUCUGUGUGUUACAUAAACUGCGUUAGCGUGUGCAAUUGUGCCUGUGAAUUUGAUACUGAUGCCUAUAUUACGGUUUGAAUGGUGAUUUAGCUAUAAUGGAUGUGGAUACGCCUAACUUAUUGAAGAGGUGCAGUAGUGCACCGUUGAUCAAUGAGGCGGCGUCGACUUCUGCGACGUCACCGACGACGAGCACGACUCCUAGGAACAACACGGUUUUCUUCAGCAUGUUCUCAAACAACAGCCUGCAGCGGACGCGGCGGUUCAGCACAAGCUCCAGCUACAGCCCCGUAGCCUCCCCAGUUAAUGCAGUUCAGACCUCCUGGGGCCCGCGCCUCACGCCGCGAGUGAACCAGCUCCGCGCGGAGGAGUGUGCCGACGUGAGCAACACGCGCGAGGUGGCCCACGAGCGGGAGACCCACAACGCCAUGCAGAUGGGCCAGUCUUGCGAGGACCUCACGCUGGUGGCUUCCGGGCUUGCGAAUUCGCCUACUAGAGUUACCAGAUUCUCCCCAGUAGUAUCACCGUCACCGACGCGAAAAUACACGACGCGACGCAGUCUGUCCCCCAUCGCAAUACGAGCUUCGAGCUUCAGUCCAGUACAACGACCAAACCUGCUACUUACUGGCAAGCGGCGGUGCGACGAAGCUGACUCUCCCCUCUCUAAGAGGAUGUGCACGGACCGGCUCACCCCGUCCACCCCCGGCACACCAGACUCCGACUCCUUAGAGUGCACCUUCAGGCCGGUCUCCCCCCGGGCGCAGCCAAUGAACGAGUCGCACGACCCCCACGAUUCGAACCACAAGAAUAUCAAUCCUAGCUAAUAGACUGUUGGUGAGCUCUGACGUGGGUUUGCUUCGCUUCUCGUGUUUGGACGGCGCGGUUAAUGUAUAAAUUAUAUGGCAUACACCCGUGGAAUGCAUAGGUCAAGUUUAAGCCGGCAUUUGUGCAAAUAUAUCAGGUUAAUCUGACAAAUAUGCGAUAGGCAAAGUGUCGCGAUAAGAAUGUUUUUUGUUGUUGUUUGAUUUGUGAUUCAAUGUGUAUUGCAGCCGAUUCUGAAGGCAUUGCAUUUAAAUUAAAACGGUUAGAACGUAAAAUUAUUUUAUGAUUAUCGUUGUGUAAAUCUCAUUUCCCAGUGGGUGUUAAAAAAAUGUUUAAAUACCAUGUUAUGCCUUCAGAUUCGCUAUAGUACACCUUAUAUGCAUUUGGUCAAUACAAAAUUGUCUUAUUAUUUCAGUCUGUAGUAGUUGAUUUGUUAUGCAGUGAAGUGUGAAGGGAGGCGAAGCAAACUUGGUAAUUUAUUUAUUUUAUAGGGUCGCACUCGAAUACGUUUUGUGUUUGUUCCAAUACUAGACUCGGCAAAUGUAUAGUGCUGUACAAGUUCCUACAUAAGGACUUUAUUAUAAAGUAUAGAAAUAAACAUAAAACUAGUGCCCUAAAUAGCCAAAGCAUUCAAAACUUUAUUGUAAAUAUAUUAGAUGCGUUUCUCGUUUGUUAGAAACGCAGUGUAAUUUGUACAUAAUAUUUUAAGGUUUAGUGUACCGCAAUCCACCAUGGAAAGUAGGCUCACAUAUUUGUUUUUCAUUAGUAGCUGUGGCUGGCCAUUGCUAAUGAAAAAUACAACAUUCCCGGAAAGGAAUAGGUGUGAGUUUUCUUUAUUCUGGUAAAGUCACAUAUUAUCACCAUGUUAAGACAUAGAAGGCCAAAAUAAGUAACCUCUUGUUAUAGUUUCUAAGAUGUGAUUAGCUUAUUAAUCUGUUAAUUUGUAAUUUUGAGUCACUGCUAUAGAAAUAGCAUCAGACAAACUUGUUUGUGCUCGACAGCACGACACAAUUAUGUUGUCAACAUAACCAUUUAGGAAUAACUGAUUACAUUAGGAAUUCAAUAGAGAAACCAAUUUGUCGAUGUGGAGUUAUCUCAGGCUCGAUUCUACUAAUUUGUUCCAUGGAUUUAACAUUUCGGAAUGACAAGCAGUACAUGAGUAUAAAAUACAACGAGCUGAUUUCCAGUUGAAAUAAACCAGCUUGUAUCGUUAUAUUUUUUCACCACUGCCUGAAAGUAGCUUGAUUAGUAGAAUUGUGGCUCAGAUAAAAUGCAUUUACUGUGAUAGAUGAUAGUAUAGUGCCAGUGGUUCAAUCACUGUAAAAUCUCUUCAAUAUCAUAAUGGCUACUGACCACUACAUUUUGUUCAAAAUCUGUACGAAGCAAUUAUAUUUAAUUUCAAAAUCGUUACCAGUCAUAUUUUAAAAUAACUCUGUUUAAUUCGCAUUAAAGAGUUAAAAGCAUUGUAUCACCUUUUUACCUUUGAUUGUAUCAUUAACUCAGUUUGAAGGAAUUCUGUAUUGGAUUUAAAUUAUUGAUUUUUUACUACAUCAGAAAUUGUAUUCAGACAAUGACACUUAUCUGCCAAAUUCCGUAUUCGCCAUGAAAUAAAUAAAUAUUUUUAAAGUUUUAGAUUA